GUAGGGAGGCACAUCCGGCCUGCCAACGGCAUAGCCAGUCUGAAUACAUAAAGAAGGAAUCAAUCUCCUCCCAAUGAGACAAGAAUGGGUUCUAGCAACAGGAAGAAGAAGGAAAAGAAGAAGGACUUCCACAAAGCCAAGUUGAAAGUCGGAAAAGCCAACGCAAAGGCUGCCAAUUUCACCGAUACGAGCUUCAAAUCCAAAUCCAUCAAUGUCAACCAGCAGACCCUUGAGGGAGAUGGGUCUGACUCGGUGGAGCAGUUCAAGCAGACGCUGACGACGGCCGCCACUGCAAAACCUGACAACCUGAGACGAGAUGCCCUCUCUUACAUCACGACCCAGGUAUCGGCAAAGCCGCCGAACAACCCCGUCGGGACGGCCAGCGUGCUAACAAAACUGCUACCCCUAAUCUCGGACGUAUCCAUAUCGGUGCGCGCACAUCUUCUGAGGCUAUUCCGGGUACUGCCGCCUUCCGAGGUCAGGCCGCACGUCGAGAAGAUGCUCAUGUACAUCCGGGGCGGCAUGACGCACCUCUCGGCCGACAUCCGCAGCGACACGCUGAACGCCAUGGAGUGGCUGCUCGACGUGGCCGGGGACGAGGUCGUGUCGUGCCCGGGCGGCUGGCUGAAGACGCUCAACAGCUUCAGCUCGAUGCUGGGCUGGAACCCUAGUGUCGGCUCCGCCAUGAACAGCCAGGGCUGGACUUCGGGCUCCAAGUCCACGCUGGGCACCAAGAAGGGGCCCGAGGCCCAGGCGAGGCAGAUCCAGGUCCUCGCCCGCUUCCUCCAGGCCGGCUUCCAGCCCGAGACCGUCGCCCCGUACAACCCCAAGGCCUACUGGGACAACAUCUACCGCCUGCCCGCGACGGCGAACCCCUUCGCCUAUCUCAACCUCUUUGGCGCUCCCCGGGACGAGGACAACGAGAUGUACCCCGACCGCAUCUCGAGGCAGCGUGUUUUCGAUGCGAAGUGGAGGAGUUCUAUCGUAGGUGGCAUGGAGGGCGCGAAGAAGGAGGGUGGUACAGUCGGCAGAGCUGCUGCCUUGUUGGACAAGGCUUUGCGAGGCGGACUCAGGGAUAGCGCUCCUCUGCCUGCGCGCUAACGUCUGGAGAGAGUCGAGAGCGAGAGCGUGGGCUUCGACGGGUUUGCCUCCAUGCCCCUAAAUCGACAUGCUUAGCUAGGUAGGUAGGUACCUAGUAGGUGAGGUGCUUGGGUCUACCACGCUAUAUGUAUAUAUUUCGACAGCAUUCUAAGACAUUUUCUGCCUUGACCUGUCUUUCGUUUUCCUCCCCAAAGCCAGAGGUUGACAAAUUUACAGCAGAAAACGCGCCUCCACCAGCCCCCCUACGAGCCAUUUUGGUCAGGUAGUUUGGCCUCGCCAAAAUCACGUGAAUCUGCUUUAAGCACUCAGCC